GAUUCUUGCUGUCUGUCAAACAUAAUGCAAAUGCUUAAUGCACUUAAAGCGCACGUUAAGCCAACCAUGUGAUCAUCCAUGUGAUAACCCUUAUAUCCCUAGCUAUAUAAUCACCAUCUUACUCCAUGACAUCUAUCAGACUCAGAAAUUCAAACCCUCUUUAUCAUUUUGACAUUCCUCAUUUCCCUCGUCAGAAAAAAAAUGGCCAAACUUUGCCUUUCUUUGCUGCUAAUCCUCCUUUCCAUCUUCUCCCUUUCGAGCACGGUGGAGCCAGCCUUUUCCGGACAUACUGCUCGACGUUCCAGGGCUCGAGCCAACAUCGAAGCCGCAUGCCGGACCACCCGCUACCCGGACCUAUGCGUCCACUGCCUCACCACCUACGUCAAACCCAACAUGACCAUCCAAAGCCCCCAGCAACUUGCCCAAGUCGCCUUGACUGCAAGCCUCUACCGUGCCCUAUAUGCCAGGGCGUUCGUGCUCAAGGUAGCAAAAGAGCUUAACACACUGAAGAGGGAAAACCAAGUUGUCCGAGAUUGCUUGCAGCAGAUAAACGAUAGCGUGGACCAACUCAGUGGAUCGAUCAAGGAACUACGUCGUUUGGGGCAAGAAUCUGUGGGUGAUGACCUGUUUUGGCACAUAAGCAACGUUGAGACAUGGGUUGGCACUGCUCUAACUGAUGCAAACGAUUGUGUAAAUGCCCUUCCGGGACCAAACAUGAGCAAACUGAAGGCGACUAUUAAAGGAAAGAUGCUCAAUGUGGCUCAGACGGCUAGUAAUGCACUGGCUUUGUUUCAUAGUUUUGCUGCAAGGUAUAAAGCUGCCAGUGCCACCAAGAAGCCCUAGGAGCCUAAGCUAGCUAUAAUAGCUAAAUAGCUAGCCUUUUCAUCAGGAUGGAUGCGUUUUGUUUUUGUGCUGUGGGUUUAAUCUUGUUCAUUAUUUGUGUGUUAAAUACUUGUUGAUGUUAAUAUAUGUUUGUAUGAACGUACUCACACAGUGAAGGGAUCGAUGUUAAUACUUAAUACCAAGUUUUUCUACGUCUUGGAAAGUUGUCUGUAAUAUCUUUCUAGUAUAUAUGUUAACCAUGUUUGUAUCCGGAGGGUGUUUUUCCGAGAAAAUAAUAACAACAUCACUAUUAAUAAGAGAUGAAUAGGAGGCAUUUCUGUACGUAUCUCUGUUUCUACGAUCAUCGGAUCCAUGACCAUGUUUACGGUACGUCCUCCCGGGAAUUAAUCAACCAUUUAGAAAAUCGUUUAGUUUUGAUUACGGUCAUCAGCAUUUCAAUUUUAUCAAACAUUUUGAUCACCAUAUAUCUUGGUACGUAUAUGGCUAUUUUUUUUUUUUUUUUUGGGGUGCUUAAACUGAGAUAAGAAUCAACCAUUUCAAUUAUUAAAUUACACGACAGUGUAGUAGGAUGUCCGCAAAAAUGCAAAAAAUUGAAAAC